AUGAGGGGGUGGAGAGAGGAGGUGGUGGCGCUGUCGCUGGAGGCGCACGGCCCCGGCGACGACCGGCCGGAGAAGCCGCGCCGCUACGGGGUCACGGAGAUGAGGAGCCCCUGCUACACCUUCCGCCCCGCCCACCACGCGCUCCAGGAAAUUUUGGAUAAUAUCGGCCCUUUUGUUGACGGUCUGAAGUUUUCCGGCGGAUCUCAUAGUUUGAUGGGAAAGGAACUGAUCAGAGAGAUCACUGAUUUGGCGCACAAGCAUGACAUGUAUGUGAGCACUGGUGACUGGGCAGAGCAUCUUCUGCGCCAGGGACCCUCUUCCUUCAAGCAAUAUGUAGAGCUCCCUGAAGAGGCUAUCCUGAGACUAGUCCGCCUCAUAAAGAACACUGGUCUGCGAGCCAAGCCCCUGUUUUCAGUGAAGUUCGACAGCUCUGAUAUCCCUGCGGCUGGUGAUAGGGCGUUUGGGGCUUACAUAGCUCCAGUGAAGCAGAGCUCAGAAAGAGUCGAAGACAUUGACCUGCUGAUCAGGAGGGCCGAGAGAUGCCUGGAGGCAGGUGCAGAUAUGAUCAUGAUCGACGCCGACGACGUGUGCCAGCACGCGGACUCUCUCAGGGCGGACCUCAUCGCGAAGAUCGUCGGCCGGCUCGGGCUGGAGAGAACCAUGUUCGAGACGUCCGGUGCCAACACCUCCGAGUGGUUCGUCAAACGAUACGGCCCGCGGGUGAACCUCUUCGCCGACCACUCCGAGGUGAUGAACCUGGAGCGCCUCCGGGGCUUGGACGUGCGCAGGAGCGUCCGGCCCCUGCUCCCUUCGCCGUUCUUCCUGAUGUGA